GAGAAAGGCAGAGCGAGUGAAGCUCGCACUUCACACCGAGCCGAAUAGCCUGCAGCCCGCAGCCGUGCUCUUAGCUUCUCCUGGGCGGCUUCGUUUGGGAUCCUAAAACCUGCUUCUAAUCACCAUGCAAGGUAACUUCUUCAAAUGAUGUCUAAUCUGCUACAUUCAAUACGGUUCAGAUGGCGAUUAUAGAAGAUUCCAAGUAACCAGCCUAAGCACUGUUAAUUUUUCCAAGCCGUGCAACUUAUCGACUUGUCCUCUUUGGAGUAACAGUAUUGUUUAGAAUACCCAACAUCACACUAACAAGCAUUGAAGUGUGGUAGAAUUUCACAUUGAAAAAUAACUGAAGACCGCACAGGUCCUUAAUAAAUGGUCUAGUAGGUCUGGUGACUCUUUUUAUUGAAGCUGACUUUGAAUAUUGUCUACUCUGUUAGUUAUCAUCUAGGACAUCAGAACAUAUACGCCGGGAGGUCCACAUGUCAGAAGUGUUCCCUUUUAUUUAAAAGAAACCUGAGUGUUGAUUGUUAUCCCUAACCACUCCAAGAAGCAAAUCCCACCCAAAGCUACUGUAGAGAAAGAGACUAAUCAGACAUUAACCAAGUCAUUAAACGUCAGCGGCCCUAUGGAAGGACAGUUUUUUGCAGUGAUGUUUGCCUUUUUCUUGGCAAUAAGAGGAACAUUAUCUCAAAAUGAUACAGACCCCAUUGUACUGGAGGGCAAAUGUCUGGUGGUCUGUGAUUCAACUCCCGCCACUGAGCCAGCUGGAACUGCCCUCGGAAUGUCUGUACGAUCCGGGACUGGCAAAGUGGCCUUUUCGGCUAUUCGAAACACCAACCAUGAACCUUCAGAGAUGAGCAACCGGACCAUGACCAUCUACUUUGACCAGAUCCUGGUUAACGUUGGAAACCAUUUUGACCCUGCCAGGAGCAUGUUCAUCGCCCCCCGCAAAGGAAUCUACAGUUUCAAUUUCCAUGUGGUCAAGGUGUACAACAGACAGACCAUUCAGGUGAGCCUGGUGCUUAAUGGUUGGCCCGUGAUCUCAGCCUUUGCCGGGGAUCAGGAUGUGACAAGAGAGGCUGCAACAAACGCAGGGCUGAUCAUGAUGGAGAAGGGAGACAAGGCUUAUCUCAAGCUAGAAAGAGGCAACCUCAUGGGAGGAUGGAAGUUUUCCACAUUCUCGGGUUUCCUUGUCUUCCCUCUUUAAAGAAUCCAGAAGAGUACACCUCUAGUCUGAAAGCUGACCACAGUGCCAUGUUGCAACCCUUAAAAAAGAAAGAAAGAACAGAUGUCCAUUAUAAGACAGCUACUCUCUCUGCAAAAGGAGAGCAAUUCUUAUUUAUUUUAAAGGCAGUAUUGUAUGUGUUACAAGCUUCAUGUCAAAGUAUGGAAGGCUCUCGUCGCUUACCCCAAAAUAUGGCAGUGAGUUAUCUCUUCUCAAGCUAAAGAAAGUUUUAACUUGAGGGCUGAAUGUUCCAGUAUUUAACAUGCCCACUAGCAGACCAUUCUUCAGUGGAGUCUUCUUGCCUUUUUUUUCUUUUUUCUCUAAAUGAAGCUCAUGUCCAUAAGUUUUGCUUGUAACUCACCAGUCCUGAAUUAUCAACCCAGGUGUAUGGACAGUUGACUCCUUUUAUUAGGCAAAAAAUAUCUUUAUGAUCAUUUAUCUUAAAUUAUUUCCCUGCAUUUUUUUUAUUGUGCCUUAAUGUACCCAUGCAUUUGACACACCAUUGGAAGAAGUAAAGGGAGACAAGACUGAGCACAAAUAUGGAAAGAUUUCAAAGUAAAUAUUAAAUUAAUCAAAUUUUCAUCAACAGAGUAAGUUAGAUCUAUCUAUCUAUCUAUCUAUCUAUCUAU